AUGUCUUUCCAGAAGCCAGAGAAGGAUUUCGGUGAGGGACCGAAGGUCCACAAGAUCCGCAUCACCCUCACCUCGCGCAAGGUCGCCUCGCUCGAGAAGGUCUGCCAGGAGCUCAUUGAUCGCGCCAAGACGAAGUCUCUCACCGUGAAGGGACCAGUCCGUCUUCCCACCAAGACCCUGCAGAUCUCCACCCGUAAGACCCCCAACGGAGAGGGUUCCAAGACCUGGGACAAGUACGAGAUGCGCAUCCACAAGCGUCUCAUCGAUCUCCACGCCCCCACCGAGACCGUCAAGCAGAUCAUUAUCAACAUCGAGGCUGGUGUCGAGGUCGAGGUUACCAUUGCUGCUUAA